AAGACUUGGUUGUUCAACAACAAGAAAAAGAAGGAAAGGAAGGACAUGAUCAAGUAUGGGAGGAAAUGGACUCCCAGGAUGGUGGUCUACCAGCAAAAACGCGAAGAGGUGCUGAAGAGGAUUGAGGACGAGUCCGGGGUAAAGCCAGGAGAUCCUGGUAUGUUCAAACAUUAUCAGGCGGCGGUGAAGAGAGUCAUGGCUGAAUUGGACGACAACGAGUUGGAGAAGGCUAAAGAAACAGCCGAAGAGUGGUCCAACAACUGUCCGCCUCCGGAGAUACAAGCACAAGUGGCUCAGUAA